CCUGUCCUCAAGGAUACUUUGGACCUAAAUGUGAGCACGCAUGUCCCUAUCCAACAUACGGGUAUAGAUGCCUAGGAGGUAGGUGCAUUUGUCCCAAGGAAAAGUGUAACAACACUCAUGGAUGUUUAUCAGAAGAAUCCACAACCUUUGGCUCGAAUCAAGAGCACAGCACUUCCAUGUUUGACAAAACAAGACAGGUGAAGUCAGAGCCCUCAAGGAAAAACAAAUCUAAGGAAUGGUCGGAUAUGAUCGUCAUCAUCGCCUUGUCUUCUGUUUCCACUGUUGCCGUCUCAAUGAUCGUCAUGGUUGUCCUGGUGUUCCGACGAGGACAAAAGAAAGCAAACCAGACAAACCCGAAUAGAAUGUCGUACAUAUCAAAUAAUGGGCGAGUCACAUCUUACUACGAAAUAGAUGACAGAAAUCUUGUUCCUAAUAGAUUUAGUAAUCAAGAAAGUAAUGCUGGGGAAUACGUAGGUCUGGACGAGAAAAAGAUCGAAAAAAGCAAGUACACAGCGUUGCCUCAAAGGAAAUAA